GGCCCCUUUACCUUCUUUUAUCCCCGACUUAUCUUUCCCAAGUUCUUCUGCUUUACCUCCGUAGAACUGUUCAAUUCUGUCAAACCAGCUAGUGUCGUUGAAGCUUCGGAUCGGAGAUUUGAGUUAAAUUGAUACACAUGGAUUUGAACCAUAGAAAAGCAACAGGGGAGGAUAGAAUCAGCAACUUACCUGAAUCACUUAUUCAUCAUAUACUCGCAUUUCUUGAAUUCAAGCAUGUUGCUCAAACUAGAGUACUAUCUAAACGAUGGAGUUACAUCUGGACCUCUGUCCCCAUCCUUGAUUUCGUAGAGAGGGCAUUUUACGAUCCUGAUAGUUCUCAUUUGCAAGCCCAUCAAUUCAUGGAUUUUGUUGAUGGAACAUUGCUUGGUCGUGAUAAAAUGUCAGAUAUACAUAAGUUCUCUUUGACCCAGUUGAACCCCUUGAAUGAAUAUCGAGUUAGUUCAUGGAUCACCAACGUAACAAAGCGUAAUGUUCAAGAGCUCAUUCUAUCAUUAAGUCAAGAAGACCCAUUCAUCGUUCCCAUGUCUCUUUGUACUUGUGUAUCCCUGAUAUCGUUGGAGAUAGGAGUAACCCCAAGUAUCCGGUUUCCUAAAUUCUCUUUUUCAAAACUCAAGCGCCUAGUGCUUAAAGGUUUCCAAUUUAGCAACGAGUGCUGGAACGAGAAGUUCUUUUCUGAAUGCCCGGUCCUCGAAUAUUUGAUUUUGGAACAGUGCACUUAUGGUGUGAGAAAUUUCUAUAUUUCAAGUGGCACACUAAAACUCUUGGAUAUUUAUCAGUGGGAGGACAGUUUACGAAACUGUGCUCUCAAACUUCAUGCUCCAAAUCUUGUUUAUCUCAACUACCGGGGUAGGGUUGCAAGGGAAUUUGUCUUGCCUAACUCUCCAAAACUAGUUGACGCCAAUGUAUAUUUCUUUGAAGAACAUGUUGCAACAAGGGAGCAAAGGAUAAGUUAUGGUACAUCAAUAAGUCAGUUUCUUCGAGCUCUUACGCAUGUAAAACGUCUAGCUGUUUCUGAUGCAACCCUAGAGGUUCUCUCUUUUGCAGACAAUCUGUUAGAAAAUUUGCCAACAUUUUAUAAUACCAAACAGUUAGUUGUGACUGUGGGAGAAAUUGAUGAUAAAGCAGUAAUUGCUUUGCUCAAAGCGAUACCUAAUCUGGAGUCACUCAUAUUUGACAUGGUUCCUCCAUGUAGUGAUGACGAGGAAGAAGAUGAUGUUGGUGGCGAUGACGUUGGGGGUGAACUCAACUAUGAUAAUCUGAUACUCGGUGUGGUAACUUCUGGAUGCUUAUUUGUACACCUUAAAUCGGUUUGCUUUAAUGAUUUUACUGCGACCCCAAGGGAGAUAAAGUGGAUGCAACUGCUUUAGAAGAAUGCAAAAGUUUUGCAAACAGUGACUAUUUCCUCUUUUCAUUAUUCUGCACUCGUAAAUGGGAAGAACAAAGAACUUACGGUGGAGAUAACAAAUCUUCCAAGAGCCUCAGCAAGUUGCGUGUUUAAGUUCCCCUCUAGCCAUCAGUUGUCAGUUGUUUUAUGUUUUAGAAUUAGUAAAAUGAAAUCUUUAUUUAAGGCAGAUAUGCAUGUGAUCCUGGAUUUGUUACCA